UGAUUUGUGGAAAGCAGGUUACUUGAUGUCCAAAUUAAAGAGAACAGCGUGGACCUGAUUUAUGAGUAUAUGGACAUGACUUUGCAUGAAUUGAUCCGCACCAAACCAAGGGAUAUGUUUAAUUGCCAUCUAAUGAAGAUAAACUAAGUGGCAACAGUAGGAUACAGCAAGGACCGAGGACUCUUAAUGAAAUUAUUCUCUUGCGUUGUUAUACUGUGUUUUUAUCACAUCAUUGGCUGAUGCUUGUGGAAAGCUGAGUUGGCUUUUAAUAUCUUGUACCAGAUCCUGUCUGGCCUCUCCUAUUGUCAUUCCCACAAAAUUCUUCACCGAGAUAUGAAACCCAAAAAUUUGCUGAUAGAUAUGGAUAAAGGAGUGUUGAAGAUUGCUGAUUUUGGGCUGGCCAGGGCAGUUGGUAUUCCUGUCAAUACACUUAGUACUACGAUAGGAACUAUGUCAUACAGAGCACCUGAAAUCCUCUUUGGUUCCACCAAAUAUUCUGCUUCAGUAGAUGUGUGGUCCACGGGCUGUAUAUUUGCGGAGAUGGUGAUUGGCAGGCCUCUAUUCCGUGGAAUGUUUGACGCUGAUAUACUAUUUGAAAUAUUCAGGUUCUUUGGUGUGCCUAAUGAGGAUACGUGGCCAGGAGUGACUUCAUUGCCUGAAUAUGCUUCUGCUGCUAAAAUGUUUCCCCCUUAUCUAAGCCAGAACCUGUCAGAAGUGUUGACUGGCCUGGAACCUGAUGGACUGAAUCUUCUUACGAGAAUGCUCAUCUUGAAUCCAACUAAAAGAAUUACAGCAGAAGAUGCACUGAGUGACCCGUACUUAAAGGACGAUCAGAACACAUGGUCGCUGUAAAGCAUUCAUGCUUAUAGGUUGACAUUGUAGCUAGAUAUUCAUAAAACAGAGAGGGAAAGAUUCAUCAGCAAGAUUUACCAUUGCCGCUAUGUAAUGGCAUCGACAAAACUUUUAUCUACUCUGAAACUAACGGGAUCUUCUUUUCGUUAUUAAUGUAUUCUUCUCUAAUUCAUUGAAUAUACUAGUGGAGAAUUGUGUGUUACUUCUGAGAUAAAGCUUUAUGGUU